CUGCACUGUACCCUCUGGCACUUUAAUCCAUGCCUGUUUGUUUAUGUUUUUUUUAUUUAUUUCAGAUUUUUUUUUCUUCUUAAUUUACAUUUAUUAGCACAGCUCAUGUACAGCCGUUGAUACAUGUGACUUUCUAAGCAGCUGAGCGUUUCGAAGAUUUCAGCAAAGUGACGUUUGGCAUGACAACAUGAAUUCACCUUACACAGCUGUGCAGUAUUCUCCAGAGUUUCCCUUGUAUCGACCCAGGGACCCGUCCUCCCGUUUGUCCUGGAGAGAGAGCUCGUUCCUCACCGCCAUGUCCCAGAACCAGUCAGCACAGACAACUGAAUUCUUCAGCCAAGAUGUAUUCAACCAGCUGUUUGAUAUGCUGGACCAAUCUGCCAUUCAUUCAGUCCAGCCCAUAGAGCUGAACUUCACAGACAGUCCAACAGAUGGGUCUACAGGAAACACCAUCCAGAUCAGUAUGGAUUGCAUCACCAUGCACAAGCCUGACGAGACACUUUCAGUAAGGGGCCUGUGCUCUCUUGAACUGGUGAUUAAUGGCCCCACCCCCACCGCCCACUUUCCUCUGCACCAAAGAGGGGUGUGGUGCGCUGAUUGGCACGCCAGCAACUCAGCCAGUAUCCGUGUGGGGGCUAAGAGCUCACUACCAUGGCGGCGUGCCAAUCACCAAGCCCCAGUGGUGCUUACUAAGUGUCUGUUCUGGUGA